CGGGCCCCGCCCGGCCGCCGCCCGUUGCCGUGGCAACUGCAGCCACAGGUGCAGCCGAUGCUCCUAUGAAUCAUUCCUUUUCAGCCUCACCCAAAGAUGGGGAAGGACCAUGCUACACGUCUCUAAUUUCUGACAUCUGUUACCUGCCUCAGGAGGAUUCCACAUAUUUCACUGGUAUUCUUCAAAAGGAAAAUGGUCACAUCACCACAUCAGAAAGCCCCGAAGAGUUGAAUCCCCCUGGACCCCCUGUGCCAGAUGUGCCUGGGACGACGGACCCUUCUGGCUUAUUGAGUUCCGAUUCUGGAAUAGAGAUGACUCCUGCAGAAUCCACCGAAGUCAACAAGAUCCUAGCAGACCCCCUGGACCAGAUGAAAGCAGAUGCCUGUAAGUACAUUGAUAUAGCCAGGCCAGAGGAGGUGCCACCCCAGGAGCAGCAGCCUCCCAAGUUGGCAGAGAAAGACUCGGACUUUAAGAAGCAGAACCCUGGAAUCUCAGCCAAGGCUAAAGAGGCUCGUGAGCCUGAGAAGCCAGCUCCUGUGGAGGGAAAAAUCCUCAAGGACCAUUUAUUUGAAGAGUCCACUUUUGCCCCUUACAUAGACGAUCUCUCAGAGGAACAACACAGUGCUUCUCUCAUCACUGCCCCUGUCAAAAUCACACUGACUGAGAUUGAGCCUGCCAUGGAAAUGGUUCUCCAAGAGCAGAGUCCCGAAAAACAAGAUAUCUGCCUGAAACCAAGUCCCGACACAGUCCCCACAGUCACUGUCUCAGAGCCUGAAGAUGACAGCCCAGGAUCUGUCACUCCGCCAUCUUCUGGAACAGAACCAUCUGCCGCUGAAUCCCCAGUCCAAGGAGGCCGCAGCAUCUCGGAGGAGGAGCUCAUCAGCGCCAUCCGGGAGGCCCAGGGCCUGGCCUACGAGACCACUGCCCCGGAGACCCCCAGACCAGCUGCGGGCCGGGGCACCCCCUCCAGGCCAGAGCCCCUCCAAGCCAGGCCGGGGCUGCCCACCAUCCCCAGCGCCCUGGACCCCGAGGCCAGCAGCGCGGAGUCGGGCGACUCGGAGAUAGAGCUGGUGUCCGAGGACCCCCUGGCCCCCACGGCCGAGGAGGCGCUGCCCCCCAGCUACGCGGCCUUCGGGCACGCGGGGGGCCCCCCACCGUCGCCUGCAUCGCCCUCCAUCCAGUACAGCAUCCUGCGGGAGGAGCGCGAGGCCGAGCUGGACAGCGACCUCAUCCUGGAGUCCUGCGACGUGUCCUCGGCCUCGGAGGAGAGCCCCAAGAGGGAGCAGGACUCGCCCCCCAUGAAGCCGGGGGCCCUGGACGCCAUCCGAGAGGAGCCCGGAGGAGUGGCCGUGGGCAGCAGCGAGGAGGACAUGCCCUCCAGCCGGCGAGGCCUGGCCCAGAAGGGUCCCUGCCACUCCUUGGCUUCUGAUCAAGCACCCCCAACCCGCCCGGAGCUGCCACCCUCUGGACAGGAGGCUCCCCAGGCCCUCCCUGGGCACCCCACGAUGCAGAGACCCCAGGAUGCAGCAGCCCCCACUUCCAUCCCCAAUCGCCCGGCCACCAAGGUCCCAGAACCGUGGGGAGCAAGUCUGGAGUCCACUCUGCUGUUUUUCAAUAAACAGAAAGCCAUUGACCUACUUUACUGGCGGGACAUCAAGCAGACGGGAAUAGUGUUCGGGAGCUGCCUGCUGCUGCUCUUCUCCCUGACCCAAUUCAGCGUUGUGAGUGUUGUGGCCUACCUGGCCCUGGCCGCGCUCUCUGCCACCAUCAGCUUCCGUGUCUACAAGUCCGUGUUACAAGCUGUGCAGAAAACCGACGAGGGCCACCCAUUCAAGACCUACCUGGAGCUGGAGAUCACCCUUUCUCAGGAGCAGAUUCAGAAGUACACGGACUGCCUGCAGUUCUACGUGAACAACACACUGAAAGAACUGAGGCGACUCUUCCUUGUUCAGGACCUGGUUGAUUCCUUGAAGUUUGCUGUCCUGAUGUGGCUUCUGACCUAUGUGGGCGCACUCUUCAACGGCCUCACCCUCUUGCUCAUGGCUGUGGUUUCAAUGUUUACUCUACCUGUUGUGUAUGUUAAACAUCAGGCACAGAUUGACCAAUACCUGGGACUUGUGAGGACUCACAUAAAUGCUGUUGUGGAAAAGAUUCAGGCUAAGAUCCCAGGAGCCAAAAGGCAUGCUGAGUGAACAGAACCUCACCAGGGACUGGACAUACACAGGAAUGUCUGUCGUGGUAACAGCUGUUCUUCUAUGUUACUGCAAAUUGAUCGUUUCUUCCCCCGCCCCAGUACCAUAAUCUUAGAGACAACCGUUAAAACAGCUGUUUUUAGGCUGUUUCUGUACUCUUUAGGAAAUUUGAGUCACUUGUGUCAAGCACUAAAGUAUAGAAAAAAAGUGUAUUAGAUGUGGUUUUUAAUUUUGUGUUGCUUAAAAAAGUGCAUGAUGGUGAGAGCCCAAGUUAUCUUUCCUCCUUCAGUGUUCCCCUCCUCCUCCUCUCUGCAAUGCUUCUGUAGCUUCUAAUGUUUCCCGUGGCUAGGCCUUUCCUGCCAAGUGCACUGAUGCAAUAGUGAAAAUCGCUUCUAUGUCCUUGGGUUGCUGGUUGGAUUAAUCUUUAAUACUAAUAUAUAGAAUUGUAGACUGAUGUUUUAGUGUUUUUCCAACACACACAACAUAAAAAUCAAAAGAGUUGACUGUCAAUAUGGUAAUAAGUUUUGUAUAACUUAAAAUAAAUAAAUAAAAUAAAUAAACCUCAAACUAACACGCAUUACUUUUGUUGUGUGGGACUGAUGGGCUGAUUUACAUGUAUGGUAAUUACAAAGUACCAGCAUGUUGACUUUAUUACAAUUUGUAUUAUUUACGCUGUAGUUCCUAAUGAAUUUAAUUAUGGACUCGAUAUUUGCACUUAUGUACUUGAUACUGAAUGCAUAAAUAAAUGUUACUAAAUGUA